CGCAACCUCCCCACCACCCAACACUGCAUCCAUCAUUGCUUCAAAGUACUUUAUAUCCUGCCUCUGCUCUUACGUUGUUAUUUUUCUGUUCAUCCAUCCGUAAAUACCCUGAAAACCAGCAUCCCCGUUGAGUUACUCAGAAGUCAAUCAAUAUCUAGUCCUUUCCGUCAAAGCUCCCGUCACAAUGUCUGCACCAAACGCAGGUCGUCAGUCUCCGGAACCUGAACAACAAUCUGGCUCUCAGCUAGGGAACCAGGCUGGCAGUGGAAAGAUCGACGAAUCAAAGUCCAAGGACCAAGGCAAAGACAACCAGACGCAGGGCUUGUCGAGCAACCCAACCCCUGUACUUAAAGAGCAUUCCGAGGCAACCACGAGUAAAAAAUCAUGAUGGUUUGAUGCUCGAGUCCUAUGCAAUGCACGGAUAAGUGCUGGCAAUCUGGGGGAACAGAGAAAUGCAUCACUGCAUCUUCUAUGAUUGCAAUGACAAAGAAUAAAAGUCGAAGUGGUGGAUACAUCAUGAAAUAACGACUCAUAAUGGAUACAAUGCACAAGCAUACCUCUCUGCCGAAUA